GCUCUUUGAUGACGUCAGGGCGCCGCUAGUCGUCGGCUGUAGUUUCCUGUUAGCUUAAAUCAGAGACACUUUUACUGUUUAUUUUCUUUUAAAGAGUUUAUAUUUAUCAAUCUGUGGAUUUGUCAACAUGUGUGAAUGAAUGAAUGUGAGGACGAGAGUUCAGAGAGCGGAGGAGAAGAAGAGAGAGAACGGUUUAAGGUGAGAGUGAACGAAGAAGAAGGAAUUUAGCAUCAAAAUAAGAACAUUAAACAGCGAGUUUAUACCGUUAAUGUUCAUGUUUUAAAGGCGGGAUUAUCUCUCAAGUCUAAAGAUUAACAUGUGGACUCAUUAAUACUUAGUUAAAAUGCUCUUUCAGGUGGAUUAUCAUGUCUAAUUCUGUGUUUAUGUUUAAGGAGAGAGUCAGACUGAGCCCAAUAUUAAAGCUCCUGUAAGUGAUUUUAGCUGAUUGUGAAACUGACUGAAAAUAAUUUAGUUUCAUCUUUAUGACCUACAGGAUCAAAGUAUGUGAUCAUGAAAAAAAUGUGUUAAAUGUGUAAAAUGUGUUAACACAAUAAGAGGGUAAAGUGAUCAAUUAAACUAUCAAUAUGAGGCAAACUUUGAUAUUUAAUUAGAAAACACCUCGAUUACAUAAAAAGGACGGUGUUAGUAAAGAAGUCAGAGGUGAUUCAGUGACGAUGUCGAGACUUCGUUAUCAUUUAUGAAGAAAAUCUCAGUUUUCUGUUUGACAGUUGUGUCUUUUUGUUUUAUAGAUUUUCUCCCUAAUUGUGUUUUAUAGUCAUUAUAAUCUGGAACAGCUUCUGGACACGGUGGAGAAAGAGUUGGAAAAAUUCAAAACUUGGUUUGACAUGAAUAAAAUGUUUAUAUUUGGAAAUAAGCAAGUAAUUCAGUGUAGAAAUUUAACUGUGGACAAGAAGGAAAUCGAGUUCGUAACUGAGAAUAAAUUCCUCGGGGUCAUAGUAGAUAACAAACUUGGAUGGAAAUUAGAAAUUAUAUUAAACUGAAAAUGUUAAAAUCUGUCUCCAUUCUGUAUAAAGUCAAAGAUUUACGUUCAUAAAAGAGUUUUAGCCUCUCUAGACUAUUCCCUGAUAACUCUGUACGUGAUUUACUGUAUUGAGAUUUGGGGAAACACUUAUUAUGAAUGUAAAGUGUGAACAUGUUCAAUAAUCUCUCUGAUUUGAAGAGUUAAUAUUAAAGUGUUGAUAUUUGUAUAAAGAGAGUAUCUGUGUAAUGGACUUGGUAUAAGGGGGAGGUCUUUAUGAGCAUUACUUCUUCCUACACUCUUUCAAACAUAUUAAACCAAAAUAAAAUCCUAAAACUUUAUUUUUGACCUUUGUCUCUGGACUGAUUUCCUCUCCCUGUUUUUAAUGAAUCUGGUCUCAGAGCCUCUAACUUUGUGUUCCAGCUUCCUUCCCUCCUCCUCGGAGGUUAUCGUCCUCACAGCCUCGGCAGCAUCAUGGUGGACGUUGCUGUUAAGAGCGAAGCUGCUUGGGUCUGCCGCACUGAGGGACGUCGUUUAGGAGACGUCCUGCUUCCUGUUGACAUCAGCGACAAAGACGGCGGUGAAGGAGAGCUCAGUCAGUAUGAGGAGAAGAAGACCAACUGGUAAGAAGGAGAUUUUGGCGUUUGGAAAUAUAACUUUAAAUUUACCCUGUCUGUGUUUAUAUCAGUAGUUUUGUAAGGAGCUGAGGAAGAAGUGUUGACUGAUUUUAUACUAAAGGUUAAUGAACUGAUGACUUUAAUUAUGAAAACGACUGACUGACUCGUCUUCUUCUCACAGGGGCAGCCCGGUGCUGUUAGAGCAGACUGAAGAAGGCUGUCCGUGUGUCCUGACGCUCAAAUGCAGCUCCGCCUCCUCCGCCGCCACCAUCAGCCGCCUGCUGGUCAUCAGCGAGGCUCGAACCAUGGAGGUGUACAGCCAGACGGGAGAAUACUGCGGAACGGUUAGAGGAGAGAGGGAUGAAAGCAUCACGGCUGAAAGGUGACGUCACCCUCGGUGGAUUUACAUGUUUGACACAUGAUUAAUAUUUACAUACCAGGAGUUUAGAGACCUGACUGUAUUGAUCAGCUAUCAGUGAGAGUCAGGUUUAGAGUUUCUGUGAGGUCACAUCUAAUCAAUGAUGUCUUUAUACUGACAGAAAUAAAGGAGAUCAGCUGAUCGUGGAGGAAUGUAAACUGUCCAGAAACCUGUGGUGUCAUUCAUGAACUAAACGAUGAAGUUUAAUCACUUCCUGUGUUUGGGUUUAGACAAUAACUUAGUGUCUGUGUACAUGUGUAUGUAGUUCAGAGUGACACCGGUCUUAUAUAUGAAUACUUGUGUGUCAGAUUUAAAGUCUGGGACCGGGUCCUGCUGCUGAAUCCGAGUCUUUUCUGCUCUUUGCUCACAGUUCAGACAGAGGACCUUUCUACAGGAAACAGCUGAUCCUGGAGGAUCCAUCAGCAGCCUGUGAAGUGAAGGUGGGUGUCACUCAGACAGAUUUAAACGUCUCUUUUAAGGUUGUGUCUGUUCUGACAUGAACCUGUUAAACUGUAGAUGUGAUAUGAGCGUAUUAUGUUUGUUUGCAUCUGUGACUCGUUUCAUUAUCAGUCCAGUUUGAUCGUUAAAAAAGUGAUAAAAGAAUAAAAAGAAAAGAAAACUUUCUCUCUCUCCCUGUCUCUCUCUCUCUCUCUCUCUCUCUCUCUCUCUCUGUCUGUCUGUCUGUCUGUCUGUCUGUCUGUCUGUCUGUCUGUCUCUCUCUCUCUCUCUCUCUCUCUCUCUCUCUCUCUCUCUCUCUCCCUCUCUCUCUCUCUCUCUCUUUCUCUCUCUCUCUUUCUCUCUCUCUCACCUCUCUCUCUCCCCCUCUCUCUCUCUCUCAGCUGCUCUCCCUCGGUGGUCAAAACAGCGUUUUGGUUUGCCGAGUCAUCGUCGGUCUCCGGUCUCUUCAGGCGCCCCCUGUCUGCGGUCCCGGCAUCGACAUGCAGCAGGUUCAGGUUCUGGUCGAUCAGAUGGGAGCGAGUCUCUCACCUGGAGCUCAGAACCUCAUGGACAUGGUCCAGUUCCAGCAGAAGGUGAGAGAGAGACCUGAAACCUGCAGACAGGAACAGGAAAUGACGUCAGAUUUCCAUCUUUUAUCCUGUUAUAUUUCAGUUUAUUAAUGUUUCAAAAGAGUGAACCUGAACAUCUAUCUUCAUGUUGUCUUUGUGCUGAAAUCAGAGUUUGGUCUCUUUAAUGUCUUUUGUCCUGAGAGAUGGAUUUGAUGUAAAGAAAUGAUCUUGUUUGAAAACUUCUUCUCAGUACAAACUCAGUCGAUGUUUCAUCCUGUGUUGAUACCACAGAAAUUUCAGUUUCACUAAAACGACAUCUAUCUGUUUGUUUUUCUCUCCAGAACCAGACCGGCUCUCUCGGUGGCUUCCUGCCCCUCCUGAUGGGCGGUGGCGCUCUCUCUGCGAUGGUCAAAGGAGUCGGCGUGCCCUCAGCAGCCCUCAGGGACCCGGUCCAGCCUGCAGACUCCAGGGUAUCAGGAAACUAUUUGUCUAGCUAGAGAGCUGGUUAUCCGGUGAACUGUCUGUAAAUCCCUGCUCCUGUUUAGCUCAAACGUGAAAAUUUAAAAAGAACUAACUUCAGUAUUUGACUAAAAGAAGUCUAAUGAGUUCAUGAAAGAGAUGAACUCUGUCUUUAUAAACAUCAUUAUCUGUGAUCUGAUGUAAAACUGAGUGAAACAGUUUCAACAGGAGUAUAAAAACCUAAUCUAAUGCAGGUUAUAGUUACAGACGCUGUGAAGAAUCGGUCUUCUUGUGUCUCCACUGUCAACCUGACGUCGCUGAUAUGAAAUCUCCUCAGAGUUUCCUUCAGAUUCGUCUUUUCUGUGUUUUCAGGCUCCACUCAGCUCCUCUGGACCUGCAGGAGAAGACCCCUCGGGUCAGACCGGACCUCCAGACCGGCCUGGUUCUGGUUUGAGUGAGUCUGAGUUUCUUCUUCCUGAUCUUUCAUUGGUCGUCUCCUCCUCAUGAUGUUUCUUUGUUGGUUCCUCCUGACCCUAAAGUCUGGACACAGACCCUCGCCCCGCUGACACUCUUUUGGCGCUCUCAUUAUUCCGCUGAAAUUCUGCAGCUGACCUCUUCGUCAUGUUUUCCCUCGUCUCUAGCGAGCGCUGAGCUCAGAGCUCCGGUUAACCACGCCCAGCUGACGGAGAUGAUGUCACACUUCCUGAACGCUCAGGGUCAGGAGCGGGCGGUGAACCCCGGCCCGGAGUUUCUGCCCAUGCUCCAGAACGUCUGCGGUCAGGUGACCAAGCUGAGGCUGGACGACGCCGCGGAGAUGGCGGAGAAGGAGAAGAAGAUGAGGAACGGGUCGUGGUGAGUGACGUCUGAUUGGACGGUUGGAUUUUAAACGUCCAGAUGAAGAGAGCAUGAGGCGCUCAGUGAUUUGGACGCCUGGUUAUCAUCUUCAUCUACUCCUCUUUGACUAAUGAAAGCAGGUGAAGUAGCGCCCUCCUGUGUCAGAACAGGGGUACUACGGCUCACUCUGUCCACAGAAAUCCAGCAGCUUUUCUUCACUUUACUUUUAACAUUUAAACUUAUUUUCCUAAAAACAAUAUUUAUAAAUACUUGGAGAUAAAUUCAGAGUUUGGUCUCCGUCUAAUUUGACGUGAUGAAGCAGAAAUAAUCGUGUUUAUUAAACGUUAGGACUGAUAAACUUGUUAAAGUUGUCACGUCAGCUGUCAGGUUUUUCUGAGGAGUCUCUCAGAUUCUUCUGCUCCUCGUUCCGGUCUGAGAGCUGUCACACAGACUCGCCGCCACAUGGUGAGAGGACUCAUGUUCGCUCGCAGGAUCACAACAGAGGAGCGUGUGUCGGCGCCGCGAACUCUCCUGACAAACAAACUCUCCCGUCAGAGUGGAGGGAUGAGAACGGGUCGACAUUUAUGACGGUGCUGAUCAGAGUUUUUGUCUCCGGUGGAGGGAGGAGUCUGAUCCUGAGACAAUAGAGUUCAUUUAUAAUCAGGACUGUGAGUUUAAAACCUUAAAAACUGCUUCAAACCUCAAAUAAAUGAUCGAUUUUAUCACCAACACUCGUACAGAGACUCAGCGUCAUCUCGGUGACAUUGGCUGACAGUGACCUCCUCAGACUGAGAUCUAUGUUCCUACACAGCUCUUUAAUAAAUGAGGCUCUUUGUCCGAGCGGAGCCGCUCAUGUCAACUCCGAGCGUCAGCUGACUGUGACUCCACAUCCAGGAGAGGCUCGGCUCAGCGGUACGUCUGCACCACGUCUCCUCAGACUAAUAAUUCAGAGUUUAUGUUCACUCCAGAUAAUCUGAGAAAAGAGGAUUUUAAUCCUAGAAACUUGAUUUUUAUCUGUACAGAAAACUUUGUGGUCUGAAGCUCGUUUCUCUCUGAAGCUGCUGGUUUUAGUAUUUUUCACAACUGGAGAUUUUCUGUUUCCUGCAGACGGCGUUUCUUCAGACAUGGUUAAAGUUGUGUUGUUGACUGUUGAUGUUGACAGUAAAGAAAUUUACUGUCUCUGUGAAACGACAUCCUGACCUGUAACUUCUGUCGCUGUUAUUGUGGAAAAAUUCAUAAAUUCAGGAUCUGAUGUUGUUGUUUUGAUUGAUUUAUUGAUCCAGUUCUGCUGGUUUGGACUUUGAUAUUAUUACAGAUGAUAAUGGACCUCAUGUUGGUGUCAAACAGACCUCACUGUCUCUCUGAAAAGCUGUUUUUAACUCGCUGUGUCUCAGAUUAGUUUGACGUCUUUACAUAAAUCAUCACCGCGGUUCAUUCUGACCUCCUCCAGGUUCACACCCCCUCGAGGUCGUCUCGUGGUCGGGGUUAAAACCAGAGGUGACUGGACUUUCUCAGCGGUGAGACGAGCCGCCCCCUCACCCUAAAAUAACAAUGACUUUUAGUGUUUUCAUAUAUUUUAGAUCUUUAGCUGUCAGAAAAGUACAAACGCUGAAUCCCUCCGAGCAUCUGGACUGUGAGGGAAAACAUCUGAAGGUGGUUUUAAUCGAAGUCACUGAGGUCUGAAAGUGAUGAGGAGAAACCAGAAGUGCUUAUGAGAGAAAAGAGGCUGGAAAUGUUUGAAUUAGUGGAAAAUAAAAACAGAGAGAAAGAGAUUCUGGUCUGAGUAAAUCCUCGAUGUGGUUUCACCAAAACCGACGAAAAGUCUGAGUGUCUGUCUGAGUCAGAGGGACGCAGCUGGACUCAGAGGUCAGAGGUCACCUCUCUGCCUCCUCACCUUCCUCUCUUCAUCUUAAAUUUUCUGUUUCUGACUUUAUUCGUCUUUUUUAUGAUCUAUUAACUCUUUAAUUUCUAGUUUUAACGCUCUCCUGUCCCUCCGCUCUGCAGGGAGUUGGACUCAGCGAUGGAGCGCCGCCUGGAGGAGAUGGAGAGGAGGUUGAUGGAGCACGUGGACCGUCGUCUCGAUGCCCUGGAGCAGAAGCUGGAGAAAGCCCUCCUGAGCGUCCUCAACCAGGGAGCGAUGAGCGGCUCCACAGGGGACGUGACGUCUACCGGACCAUCGGAUCAGACGGCGCCGACUCCGGCUGUGCACUGAGUCUAAAACCCCCUAAAGGACUAACUUCACAUCUAACCUGAAGGCCUUUCUUCUCCGACCUCUGAGUCCGAUCAGGAGGAAACACUAAAGGUUGAAAGUUUAAUAUCCUUUAAGCGAGUUAAACACUCGUUGGUCGUAACGGUUUGUCUAACUUUAAUCUCGGGGAAAACAGCCGAUGUUUGCGACUCUUUAGUCCCACCAAAGCGAAUGUCCGACUGUAAUGUCUGAAGGUUCGUGGAUGUGAUGUUCGUUUGGCUUUAAGACACCAAAAAAUGCACAAGUCUUACAUCCAGAUCCCUAAAACCACAUCGUGUGUCUGGAACAGAUUUAAGGUGAAACCGGAGGAGGAAGUUCAUCUCUAACAGACGGCCAUCUGAAACUGCUUUAACACAGUUUCAACAAAGACAAAGAGCUCGAAGUUUUGGAGAACAUGCAUUAAAAACAUAAAACAAGAUGCAGUGACGUGAUCUGACCCAGAUUAAUGCUGCAGGACACGAGUGUGAAACAGAAAAACACUCUCAAACGUUGGUCUAACACUCCAGUUUCUGCUCCGUCCUCACGACUAAAGUGACAUGAACUCUCUCUCUCUGCUGUAACUGCACUGACCCGCUGGUGAAACGAUAAGAGGGUUUAACAGAUGAAUUAAGGGUUUUAAUACGACACUGUCUGUUUUAAAUCAUGUAAAUGUCUGUAACAUAAAUGUUUAAAAGGACAGUUUUGAUGUGUGAUAUAUUUGUUUUUAAUAACUGUACUGAAAUAAAAAGCAAUAAAUCUAUUUAUUCAGAUGA